AUGACCGAGGUAUUGUUUCGGCGCGGAUUGUUGGCCGCUCUACCAUCGCUUCGGAGGUCUCCCCGCACUCCCUUCAGACAGCUACCGAUCGGUAGCAACAGAGCUGCCGUGCGUCUAAGAAAUUAUAGUACAAUCUCACCACCUGUGGAGAAUGGAAAGAAUGAUGCAAAAAAUCUUCCCGCGACCUAUUUCCACAACCCUGACACCUCGGUCCGAAAACCGUCCGCGCGAUGGUCUGCCUUGAAAACCGCGAAGCCGUUUUCCGAAUUCUUGACGGACACUUUCGAUCGCCAACAUGACUAUCUCCGAAUCAGUAUCACGGAGCGGUGCAACCUCCGAUGCGUGUACUGCAUGCCAGAAGAAGGCGUGGAGCUUUCGCCACCAGCGCGCCUCCUCACCUCGCCCGAGAUCGUCUAUCUAUCCUCCCUUUUUGUCUCGCAAGGUGUCACGAAGAUCCGCUUGACGGGAGGAGAACCGACGGUCCGGAAGGAUAUUGUCCCUUUGAUGCAAUCGAUCGGCGGUCUGCGGCGUAACGGCCUUCGGGAGCUAUGCCUGACAACCAACGGGAUUUCGUUGCACCGCAAAUUGGAUGCCAUGGUCGAAGCUGGCCUGACGGGGAUCAACCUCAGUCUUGAUACCCUGGAUCCUUUCCAGUUUCAAAUCAUGACGAGGAGGAAGGGGUUCGAUGCCGUGAUGAAAAGCAUUGAUAGGGUCUUGGAACUGAAUAUACUAGGGGCAGGGAUUAAGUUAAAAGUCAACUGUGUGGUAAUGCGCGGGAUCAAUGAUCGGGAGAUUAUCCCGUUUGUGGAGCUGGGACGCGAGAGCCCCAUCGAAGUCCGCUUUAUCGAGUACAUGCCAUUUGAUGGAAACCGAUGGAACGAGACGAAGAUGCUCUCAUACCAGGAAAUGCUGGCGGUUAUCCGAGAGAAGUAUCCCACCCUUGAAAAGGUGGUGGGCCAUAAGAAUGAUACGAGUAAAACCUAUCAGGUCCCCGGUUUUGAGGGUCGCGUUGGGUUCAUCACUAGCAUGACGCAUAAUUUCUGCGGAACCUGCAACCGUCUACGCAUCACUUCCGAUGGGAAUUUGAAAGUGUGUCUAUUUGGCAAUGCGGAGGUAUCAUUGCGCGACAUUAUUCGGAAGGCAAAUAAUGGGGAACCCAUCGACGAGGUCACUAUGAAUGAAUUACAAUUGCUCGAGGCUGCGGAUAGCGCGGCUCGGAUCAAGGAGGAGGGUGGGGUGGUCAACGAAAGAGAACGAGAGCUCCUGGACGUUAUUGGCAUGGCUGUCAAACGGAAGAAAGCAAAACAUGCUGGCAUGGGCGAAUUGAAAAACAUGAAGAAUAGGCCCAUGAUUCUCAUUGGUGGGAAGAAGAAGAAUCCAUGGUCAAGGAUCCCGACUCACUUGCUUCAUAUCAAUCCACCUCUUCCUGGCCAAGCCCGUUGUUACCAUGGGGAUCAUAGGGGCACAUCGUCUAGAAUGGAGCCGUCAGACGCAAAGCGCCAGGAAAAGACGGCUUCUCUUCCAACAGAUUCUGACCCCGAUCUCCCUCACCUUACCUCCGCGCAAAAGGUUCAUAUGACGAAGAUCAGUCAAAAGCCUGUUACGGAACGCUCUGCAACCGCGACAUGUCUCGUGCGCUUUUCUAACCCGCGCCCGUGGGAGCUUCUCCGAGAGGGGCGUGGGACACGCAAGGGGGACGUGUUCAGUGUUGCUCGAAUUGCAGGUAUUAUGGCUGCCAAGCAGACUCCGGAUAUUAUUCCCUUGUGUCACCCGGGCAUCGGAAUCACCGGUGUCGAAGUAGACGUCAAGCUCGUCGAUCCAAUUCCUCCGAAUGAAACCGAUCAGCCCACGAGAUACGGUGCAAUGCGCGUUGUAGCAACCGUGAGUUGCCUUGGUCGUACGGGGGUGGAGAUGGAGGCUAUGACGGCGACUAUGGGGGCUGCGUUAACAGUGUAUGACAUGCUGAAGGCGGUCGAUAAAGGGAUGAUGGUUGAUGGGGUGCAACUUCUCGAAAAGAAGGGUGGGAAAAGUGGUCACUGGAUCCGUGAAGAGCAAGUCGAUCCAUGA